AUGCAUUUCAUCUGUUUCAUCUUCUUCCCCUUCCAACUGAGUAAUACUCAGGCUACCGGACCACAAACAGAGCCGUUGGAUUUAUCAAUAUCAAGAGUGAGCGGAAAACGGAUUGAACCAUCAGAUGUAUCAGUACCAGAAGUGAGCGGGGAACAAGUAGAACUCAGCGAAACUGAUGAGAAUGACGCAAGGCCAUUGAACUUACCAAUUCAAGAAGCCGGUGAGGAACAAACAAGUGGAAAGCAGUUCAAAUGCGAAAUAUGCAAGAAAGAUUUCGCUGCGCCAUCGAGUACACAUAUGACACAUAUGAGAAUUCAUACCGGUGAGAAACCGUCCUCUUGUUCGGAAUGCAAGAUGAAUUUCACCUAG